AUGGAAUUCAGUUCCAGGGAAGCUGUUAUUAAGGCGAUGAAGGAGUAUACCCUCCGAAGAUCUGUAGACUGCCGUGUGUAUAAGUCGGAGCCGUUGACAUUUAUGCGAAGUGUACACAGUACGGGUCAGGGUGUGAUUGGCUUAUUAGACUAUCGAAAAGCAUGGUUGGCAAAGCAGAAGUCCGUUGAGAAGAUAUUUGGAGGUUGGGAAGCAUCCUACGAAGCGUUGCCUAUAUGGUUCGAGGCCAUGUGUCAUAAGGAACCAUCAGCUGUUGUACAUUGUGAGACUAUGCCUGCAUAUCAAGGGGAUGAUUUGGUAACUGAUAUCCAGGUAUUGCAUCGAGUCUUUUGGAGCUAUUACCUAUGCAUUAGAGCAUUCAGACACUGUAAGCCAGUUGUCCAGGUGGACGAGACUCACUUGUACGAAAAGUACAAGGGUUGCUUGUUAGUGGCCGUUUCGCAGGAUGGUAACAAUAAUAUCGUCCCGAUUGCAUUUGCUAUUGUCGAGGGAGAGACCUCUGAUGCUUGGCACUUCUUCCUUAGUAACCUGCGUCAACAUGUUGUGACUCGAAAUGAUGUGGGGCUUAUAUCGGACCGACAUGAGUCCAUAAAUGUAGAUGUGGAACGUAGUCACGGAGCUUGGUCACCUCCUAGAGCUUUCCACAUGUUUUACAUCAGGCAUAUAGAAUCGAACUUUCUGAGAAAAUUCAAGGCACCCUAUCUGCAAAAGCUAGUCGUCAAUAUAGGAUAUUCGCGGACGGUUCGUGAGUAUGAAGUGCGUUACCAGCGUUUACGAGAGCGGGGCGAGGCGUACACUAACUGGUUAAACCGUAUUCCCCGUGAACAGUAUGCGUUGGCCUUUGACGGUGGCUACCGAUGGGGUCACAUGACGACUAAUCUAAUGGAAUGCAUCAACUCAGUCUUGAAGGGUGCACGCAAUCUCCCCAUCACUGCACUUGUGAAAGCAACGUUCUACAGACUUAAUGAGUUGUACACACGGAAAAGAGCAAAAGCAGAGGCGAGGAUUAAUGCAGGCCAUGUUUUUACGGAGCAUGUGACCUCCAAAAUUCAUGCAAAUCAACUUGCAUCAGGAAACAUUCAGGUUAAUUAUUUUGACAGGCAGAAUGAGGUAUUUGAAGUGUGUGAGAUGCCAAGUGGAGUGGAGUAUACUAUUGACCUCCGUCGUCAGAGAUGUGACUGUGGUGAGUUCCAGGUGGAUCGGAUUCCUUGUCGGCAUGUGUUUGCAUGUUGUGCAAAUCAACGACUAGAUUGGCAGGUGUAUGUGCAUGACGUUUAUAAGAUGGACCAAGUCAGAUGCGUUUAUCGGGCUAGGUUUAGGCCAUUAGGGAAUCCUACUACGUGGCCUUCUUACAAUGGUCCCUGA